UAUUCUGGCUGUUGGUUAGCCCAAGUCCGGAGUGGUUCAAAGUGCGAGCGUUGCAAACGAAUUGGAAUCGAAUAAAUGUUUAAAGUGCGAAACAGUUAAACGGCGUAAUCUUAUCGGUGCUGAAGAAAUAACAUAAUAUACUACGGAGUGACGCUGAAUCGGCAGAUCGGUGGGCGACCACUUGAUAAACAUGCACCAGCCGUGUCAGCCGAAGCAGCAAUUCAUGCCCGAGCAGGAGCAGCUGGAGCCGAGCGACAGCUAUGCCUUCUGUCUGACAGAGGAUGUACAGCUAUUUGGGCAGUUGGGCGAUCUGGAGGCCGACAGCGAUGUGCUGCUUUUUCCGGCAGCAGCUGGCUUGGGUCUCGUGAAGCAGCAGGCGCAGAAACAGACGAAUCUGACAAUCGGCAAGCCCAAGACGCAGUCCAAGGCGAAGCGAGCACCGCCCACAAAACGGCAGGCGGCAAUCAUUUGCGAUCUGUGUGGACGCAGCUUCAGCGAUGCCUACGGCCUGCGCAUACACAAGAUGACGCACACGAAUGAGCGGCCCCAUGUGUGCGAUGUAUGCGGCAAGGGAUUUCGCCAGCUGAACAAACUACGCAUCCACUCGGUCACCCACACCGACAAGCGGCCAUACGAGUGCGACAUCUGCGGCAAGGGAUUUCGAUUUGCCAACUAUUUGGCGGUGCACAGGCGCCUGCACACAGGCGAGAAACCCUAUAUAUGCACUCUGGCGAGCUGCAGCAUGUCCUUCCAUUCCAUACACGCGCGGCGAAUGCACGUGAAGCUGCAGCAUGCCAGCGGCAGCAGUAAGCACACUGCCACAGACAUUGAAGAAGAGGCGCAGGAUCAGAAGGAACAGGAUGAGCAAGAAGAGAUGCGAACGGGCUCCGCGGACACUGUCACACACACAUCCUCGCUGAGCUAUACCUGCCCCAUCUGCGGACGUAUUCUAACGGAUCAGUGCUAUCUAAAUACGCAUUUGAAACGACACUUUAAUCAGCGGGACUUCGCCUGCCGGCAUCCGGACUGCGGCAAGCGCUUUUUCAGCUCCUCUGAGCUGAACCACCAUCAGAUUGCGCACACGCGAUUGCGUCCCUUUCGCUGCUCGCUGUGUGGAUCAUGCUUUUUGCGCAAAUCGAAUUAUAAACAACAUUUGAAGGUGCACAAAGCCAAAGGUUGCGAUUGAAUUAGGCGUUUGUUCUAAAAUAUAAGGUUUAUUUAAAUAUACGAUUUAUACAUAUAGAA